GUAGUAUUAUUAUUUAGUUAAGUUAGGUAUGCUACAAUCAGAGCAAGUUAGGUAGUUUUUGUGUAGUGAUAAUUGUAUUUGGGGUAGUUUGAACGAAUGGUUUUGUUAAUUUGUUACUUAUAUGUUUAGUUAUUUAUUGUAAUGAAUUUAAGUGAAUUGGGUGUAACCUCUAAAGCUCAGAAACCGUUAUUUCGUUUAUAAAAUCAGUGAAAUGUGCUCAUUGUGUAAACGAUCCAUAACUCUGAGUCACACUGUUAAAGUUAUGUUACCGCAAAUACCUGUGAACACAUACCAACCUGUUGAUUAACAGAAAAAAUUGCUUGUAGUUUUGAAUUUGUUUAAGUUAAUUCAUUUUUGAAGUGAAAAUGGGGAAUACAAGAACUUUGGUUAAAUACUUGUCGAUUUUGAUUAUGUUUGCAUCAAUACCUUUGGGCUUUGUAGCCCAGCUUGAUCCUUUCUCAGAUAACAGUUACACAGACCAGCAUUUUACACAAGUGACAGAGUUACCAAUGGGGUUCAACGCCAAAGAGAUGUCAUCUAGGAUAGCAACAGUUCCAUCAGAUUCAAAAGACAAUCAUAAGCCUGAAUUUUUGGACUGUGCUAACUACAAGCCUUCUGUGUUGGAGGAGCAAGAAAGGGGCACAUAUGUUACUAAAAUAACUGCCAUUGACAUAGACCCUAAGGAAUCAGGGGGCACCAUAACUUAUUCAAUAGUUAAGCCAGAUAUCAAGCGUCAAGAUUUAAAUAUUGAUAAUGUGACUGGUGUUAUAACAACAAAUGUAAGGUUUGAUAGGGAUGAGCCCAGUUAUCAGAAAGAAUUUUAUGUUACUGUAAAAGCUACUGAUAAUGGAAGACCUGUUUUGGAGUCAGAUUGUACAUUCAAAGUAACUAUUGAGGAUAUAAAUGAUAAUAACCCUGUUUUUGAUAAAUCUCAAUAUAAUGAGCAAGUGGUUGAAGAUUUGAAAGUUGAUGGGGAGGUAAUGCGUGUUUUUGCGUAUGACAUCGAUUCUGGCGAAAAUGCAAGACUCACUUACAGUCUAAUGCCACCUUAUUCUUCAGGUACACUCAAUGAGUAUAGCGAAUUUUUUAGAAUUGAUGCAAACACUGGUGUAGUUUAUUUGAAAAAGUCAUUAGUAGAGAAAACAGGACAAAUCUUCAAAAUGCAAGUCGUCGUUCGUGAUAACGGAGCAGAGCCGAAAGAAGCAUCGACAGAUGUUCAAAUACAAGUAGUCAGUUCUGAUAAGCAACCACCUUCAUUCACGAAAUUUCCAACAGAGCCAAUCUAUCUCCCAGAAAACUACAACGACGUCGAUUCCCAUAUUGCUGACAUUGAAGCAGAAUCUAACAUUCAAGAUGUUGGUUUGACUUAUGAAUUGAUCAAAGGAAAAACGAAACAAACUAAUUCUGACGAGACAUUCAGGAUUACUCAAAGAGCUAAUACUUCUGGUGCUUUUAUUACAGUAGCCCGUGCUUUGGAUUAUGAAACAGUUACAGAAUAUCAACUCACCGUACGUGUCACGAACAGAGAUCAUUUGUCCACGUCAAAGACAAUUAAUAUAAAAAUAACCGAUGUCAACGAUGAAAUUCCAACUUUUAUAGAGAUAGGAUCAGGAAGUGUUUUAGAAAACGAACAGCCUGGAGCUGCUGUUAUGCAGGUUCGUGCCAUUGAUAAAGAUGGAACUUCUGCUAAUAAUAUAGUAAGUUACGAGCUCCAGAAUUACAUGGAUCAUUUCCAUAUUGAUAAGACGACAGGGAAAAUAACUACACUUCAGAUGUUCGAUAGGGAAAAGGUCGAUUUCUAUCCCGUUAUCGUUGUUGCUAAAGAUAAUUCACCAAGUGCCCUAAGUUCAAAAAAUGUGCCUAAUUCAGCCACGCAGGCCUUUCCUAUCCAUAUAAAAGAUAGAAAUGACAACAAACCUCGUUUUACUAAGGGCAUAUACAUUGCUGACAAUAUUUUUGAAGAUAUGGACAAAGGCAAGACUGUAAUCGAAGUGAAGGCCCUAGAUCCAGACACAGCUUCUCUCAUAAUCUACAGCAUCACCAAGGGAAACGUUGGCGAUGCCUUCUACAUGGAAAAUACCACUGGAAGGAUUCAAGUUAAUAACAAACUCGAUUAUGAAAAAAUUGAAAGCUACAAUUUAACUGUUGAAGCAAACGACGGACUUUAUUCAGACAAUGCUACUGUAAUUAUUAAUAUUGGCAACAGGAACGAUGAAAUACCAGUUUUCUAUCCCUAUGAGAAACGUAUAAGGCUUAGGGAAGAAGAAGCUGUGGAUGGUUGUAUUUUAAAUAUUAAAGCUUAUGAUCCAGAUAUUAAAGAUAGGAAUGCGGACCAGCGGAUAGUUUACUCCGUAGGGGAAUCACAGAAAACGUUUAUACAGAUCUCUAAAGACGGCUGCGUUACACUUAUAAAACCUCUGGAUAGGGAUAAACCAGACGGCUUUCCUGCUUAUCAGGUUUAUAUAUAUGCUAGCGACGAACUUGGAGGACCUGGAUCGCUACUUACAUCGACAGAAUUUAUUAUAGAACUAGAAGACAUUAACGAUAACGAACCAUUUUUAAACGUGACAACUGUCGUGUGGUACGAAAAUCAAGAACCUGGCGACAUAACACAACUGACUGCUGACGACUACGACAGUGUAGAAAAUGGUCCCCCCUUUACUUAUGAUCUUGCGCCAGAAGCAAGUGUAGAAAUUCGGCAAAAAUUCGCUGUAACUACCAGUGGCGUCUUACAGGCACUUGUUACAUUUGAUAGGGAAGUUCAGAAAUAUUACAUUGUUCCGAUAGCUGUAACAGACAGUGGCACCCCCAAAUUAACAGGCGUUAGUUACAUGACAGUAAUUAUCGGGGAUGUUAACGACAAUGAAGCUAAAGACGGUUACAGUGAGAUAUUUGUCUACAAUUAUAACGGCGUGACCCCUGAUGUUGCAAUUGGACGUAUUUACGUGGACGAUCCAGACGAUUGGGAUCUUCGUGACAAGAAUUUCCAAUGGAGUGGUUUUCCAAACGAAAAUUUCGAGUUGAACCACAAUAACGGCAGCAUUAUUAUGAAACAAGGAACCCCAGAAGGAGUCUACGAUCUGAAGUUUAUUGUGACUGAAGAAGCACCGCCUGUGAUUCAAUCACAUUCGGUUUCUGCUAAUGUUACCGUCACUGUUAAGUUGAUACCGGAAGAGGCUGUAAGAAAGUCAGGUUCUGUUCGUAUAAAGGGGAUAAAAGUGGAAGAUUUUAUUAUAAAAGCACCUAAUUCGGAUUCUUUAAGCAAAAAGGAUAUUUUGCAAAAUCGGCUCGCUAAAAUAUUAAACACAUCCGCCGAAAACGUAGACGUUUUUACAGUCUUAACGUCGCCUUCAAAUGCUUCACUUGUUGACGUUAGAUUUUCAGCUCAUGGUUCUCCGUACUAUUUACCAGAAAAACUAAAUGCUAAACUUAGCCAAUUUCAAAAAGAUCUUCAAAAUGAUCUUGGUGUGGAAUUCGUUAUGAUAAAUAUAAACGAAUGUCUCAAUGAGUCAGUUUGUCCUUCAAGAAGCUCUUGUAGCAACAGAUUGAAUAUUCACGAGGAACCUGCUGUAGUCUUUACCAAUCAGACUUCGUUUGUGGGUGUUCAGGCGAUAAUAGAGGCGGUAUGUGAUUGUCUUGUACCUGAAAACGCCGAAUGUCUCAAUGGGGGCACCAUGAACGAGGCAGGAGUGUGUAACUGCUUGGCUGCAUUUGAAGGACCCAGAUGUGAACUUUUUUCUGUAGGAUUUUAUAGUGAUGGCUGGGCCAUGUAUCCUCCCUUUGAAUCGUGUAAUUAUUCUGAGAUUCAUUUGGAAAUAACACCACAAAACGAUAAUGGUUUAGUAUUCUAUGUUGGACCCAUGACAGCGUCUCCAAAACCUACAGUUAGAGAUUUUAUGUCGUUGGAAUUACGGGACGGACUUCCCCUGCUCUUGGUAGACUACGGAAGUGGAACUGCUUCGUUGUACUUGGAUCACAAAAAAUUAACAGACGGUGCUAGCCAUACUAUCCAUAUUUUGUUGCAGCCUGAAGAAAUUCUUUUAUCUGUUGACGAUUGCCAUCAAAGUAAUUGUUUGAAAUUGGGUGCUCCACCUAAUAAAGACACGAUUUUCUUGAACACAAAUGGCCCAUUACAAGUUGGUGGUACAAGAGACGAUCUGACAGAAGUGGCAAGAGUGUUAGGGUGGACUCAAGUUCCUUCUUCCAAAGGUUUCGUUGGGUGUGUGAGAAAUUUGACUUUCAAUGGAAAAACAUACAACCUGGGAAGUCCAGGGGAAUACAAAAACGCUUAUGCCAGUUGUAAUUACGCCACUAUUGGUGCUGCAACAUUUAGUAUAGAUUCCAGCUUUAUUGUGGCCAUUCUGGUUUGCAUUGCCAUUUUAAUAAUUCUUUUCUUGGCCGUGGUAGUUCAUAGGAGGAAACAAGAUAAUUGGAAUGAGAAAGAUUCCGAUGAUAUUUGCGAGAAUAUUAUUAACUAUGAAGAUGAAGGCGGUGGUGAAGUGGAUACCGGUUUUGACAUGUCAGUUCUGAGGGGAGAACAUCUGGAAGACAAACUUCCUAUUUCUGAUGGACUUUAUAGACAGGAAGCUCCCGAAGUCCCUGAUAUCAACGGUUUCUUGAGUGGUAAAAAGGACAUUUGCGACAGGGAUCCUAGUAACUUACCUUAUGAUGAUGUACGUCAUUAUGCCUAUGAAGGUCUUGGAAAUAGCGAUGGAUCACUCUCAUCAUUGGCAUCAUGCACUGACGAUGGCGAUUUGAAAUUUAAUUAUUUAUCUAACUUUGGUCCUCGGUUCCGCAAAUUGGCUGACAUGUACGGGGAAGACCCUAGUGACGACGGUAGCCAGGAUGGCGGUGAAGAAUCCUGGUGUUGAAAAAUUUCCUUGUUUUCAACAUAAACAGUACUUAAAACUAGAUACGCUUGACCAAAGACAAGUUUGGCAGCUAACAAACAGGAUUGUAAAUAAUAUCGACACCUGUUUCUCAUUUUAUAAAGUGAAUUAAGUGAAUGGAUGAUUAACUGUUAUUGUGUAUUGUGAUCAUAUUAAUUUCGGACGCUGGACACUGUUUUUUUAUUAUUUUUUUAUAGUUUUAUAUAUACAUAUAUAAAUAUACAAAUAUAUCGCCAAUUUUAAGGGUUGGCUUCGUCAUUGGCUACUGUUAAGUCAAUGACAUUAAAAAAGAAAGUAAUAUGUGUGCCUUACUACGGUGUGAUAUACAGUAUAAAAAAGGCAACAACAUGAAGUGCCUGGGUGGGAUAUAAUAUAGGCUUAUUGAAUUUUAUUAUGCGAAAGCAGCCAUGGUCACAUAAUAACUUUUAAGUUCUCUGGUAGCUACUUGAAAAAAAUUAAAACAUUCCAAUGGGCAGCUUUCCCGUUUCUCCUGUGAAUAUUUAAGUGCAGCUAAUUGUAAAGCAAAUAGAGUUCCUAGAUGUUCUAACGAAAACAAUGCUUAAUUUGAAAUUGUUCAGAAUAAGGGUGCUUAGUUUUAUUUUUAUUGGAAAUAUUUUUUUUUUGUUGUGCAAUUUUAAAUUUAAGAAAUUUACAGACACUGUUGUCUUUAGUAAUUGUAACCCUCUUUUUGAGACUGCCUUUUUUUGGGUAAUGGGAGUGUAACGUUUUUUUUUUCCCACAAACAAUUAAACAUUACAUAAUCAAAAGGCAAUGGUUUAGCUUUAAUUUCUGUAAAACUGAACAUAAUGACAAUCCUAUAGAUUACAGUGUUUGUAAUUUGCAAAAAAAAAUCAAAUCUAAGUUACUUGACCAUGACUGUUAUUUAUUUAACGUAUUUGUUAAUUAAGAUUAGAAUAGAUUUCAGUUACAUUUGUAAUUACACACAUUCCUGUCAUAUCAAUAUUAAUUAAGUAAUUUAUACAAUAAGUUAUGAAACGAUUACGAGUAGAUGCAACUGCGAAUAUAUUAAAAAGAAAGAAAAAAAGAGAAACCAACUCGAUAGUAUUUUUAUUGUUUUUAUAUUGGACUGGAAUUAUUAGUUAAUUUAACCCUUUCAGACGUAAUACUGAGGGUUUUGUUUUUGAAAAAUAUUUUCAGUUAUUUCUACUCAUAAAACUUAAGUAAUUAUUUGAAGCAAAGUGCAACAUUCCUUGUAGUCGGGAUUAAUAAGCUUAUUUUUCAUAAAAACGAAAUAGGACAACUUGUAGGAAUAUAGGUAGUAAUCUUUUUUUCUGUAUUUUAUUAUUACCUUACAUCAUCAGAUGGGAGCUUUUUUAUACAAUUUCGUGGUUUUUGGUGAGAUUUUUGGUAUUACCUUUGUAUUAUUAAUUUUCUGCCUUUUUUUCAUUAUUUAUGUUAUAAGCUUUUUUGGUUAAAAUGGGCUUUAACCAGAAAAUUUUGGUAAAAGGUUGAGUUACUUUUAUUCGAUACAAAUUGCGUUGGUUUGCGUUAUUUAUUUGUGACGUUCUGCCAAAGGUUAAUUAAUGACGAGGGGUAACUAAAUGUUCUAAAAUAAAAAAAAAGAAGACUGAUAUGUAAUCAGAUAUAUUGCUCACAUUUCGUAGGGCAAGUUGUUCACAAAUCUUUUUUGAUGUAUUUGAAAGUAUUAGUUAUGACUGCACUAAGAGAGAAUCGUAAAUUAGUUACAAAUAAAUUGAUGGUCGUAUUAUUUAAUAUUAUUUAAACAAAUCGAUACUAAUUCAACUUAAAACAAUUAAAAUUUCUAGUUCAAAAGAGUAAUAAAAUAAAAAAGCGUUAUUUUAAUGUAUAUCUACUUUAAUUAUGAUAGCAAUUAAUUCUUGAACAAUCAAUAUCUUUUUUUUUAGUUGUUUAUAUUAUAAAAUACAUAUGUAUGUAACGUCUGUGUUAAUAAUUUUCAUCUUUAUUUUUACGUAGCUGCGAGACCUAUUGGUCAUUACGUUUAAUUUAUAUUCCAUAAAUAUACCGAAUGUACAGGCACGAAACUGUGAUGCAAAUAACUUUUUUUGUCUUAAAUAAAACCCUUUACAUUAAAUUGAAUUAAUUUUUAAAAACAAUAUCCACCUAAGCGACUAGUCAGCAGAUUUUGUGGGAUUUGUUUGAAGAAGUCGUAGCUUAGGGUUGUUUAUCAAUUACAUUUAUUAUAAUUUGUAGUUUCUUAUAUUAUACAUUUA